GUGAUGUAUUUUCCAGUCAGACUUGUUGUCUCCCUUGUUCUGUGUGGUCUUGUAGGCUAUACUGUUUGAGCCGAAUCACCUAAAUGAAUUCCCGACGUGUAGUUUGGUAUUAAUAAAGACUUGACUAGGCUAUUUAUCUAUCUAGGCUAUUAGUCAACAAUUAUACACCGAAGGUGAAGUGAAAAGUGGGGAAUAGCCCCCGAGACCGAAGGUUUAUUUGUUGUUAUCAGCUGACAUUUUUCGAUGAAAACAAUAUCGAGUUUGAGAUAUCAAUCAUGGGAUAUUGCCCAAUAUCCCGAGAUAGCGAACCAAUCAAAUUGCGCCAUUUUAGGAGGUUUCUCGUGUAGCAUAUACUAACUAUAUAUAUUAUCUAUGUAUUUAUCUAUGUAUCUGUAUAAUCUGCUGAACACUCUCUUACUAGUCUCUACUCUCAAGGGUCUCAAUGCUGCUUUGGUCCGUGUCUCCCCAACGUGACGUCAUGCAAUGCAUUCUGGGGGAAAUGAGAAUCAAUAGCAAACCGCCAAAAUAGUCCCUAUAUUUUCGUAUAACGUUCUGUUUUGUGAUACCUAACAACAUUAAAUACAAUAAAUAACAGUUUAAAUCUUAAAUACCAACAAGGAAAUUCGUUGGAAAAUAAACCCUGCAACACGGCCUUUAAUAAUAUAAUAAUACUAUAAGUUAAGAAUAAAUCAUUAAAAUGUGAUGAAGCACAACACGUAGCUAACCUAAUGCCUAAACUUUACUUAAUCUAACAAUAACAAAACUAACCCAUGCUAAAACCCUAGGCUUAAAUAUCUAUAACCCAUAUUCCUUAACAUAACCAUAUCCAUAAAUGUCCAAACUUAACCUUCCCUAACGUCACCAUGUCUAACCUAACAGCUAAACUUAACCAUCAACUAAACAUAACCAUAGAACCAAAAUGAGCAGUUACUGAAGGAUCUGCAUCAUAUGUAUAUAUUACUGACCCCAGAAUAAGGUCUUUAUUCAUCACAUAAUUCAACCCCAGCUGUGCAGGACUUGGUUGUAGUUAAGGCAAAAGCAAUACUUGACCAUGCCACUACACAGGACUACAUAUUUAUUAAUAAUAAUAUGCUGGCGCGCCUCGCAGUGCGCGUACACGUGAGCAGCAGAGAGGACUUUCGGUUCGGAGGAGGCGGUCCUCGCACCACAACAUCACUCAGUUCACGAUCCGCACGCGGUAUUCACCAGAGGCUCGUACUUGUUGAAGACUCGGUCCUUGUUCCUAGCGAGGUCCACUGUGAUGUUCCUCUGAGGAUAGCAGCGCGCUGCAGGAGGAGUGCUCCUCCUCGGCUCACAGCCCUCUCCAGCUCUUCUCCCCCCGGACUCCGCGACGCUCACGUUUUCCUGCAACAAGCCCCGAGCCUGGAGACGGAGAGAGACCCGUGGUGGGAAGGAGGCUCAGACACCUAGAUGCCAGGUGGUGGUGACACAGAGGAAUGCUGCAGGGAUAACCAUCUGACACUGAAGCCAGCCAAGCAGAGCAGUCCCUAUCUGACCAGAGAGCCUUUUCUACAGUCCUGGCCACUGUAUGAUGACCCUGGGGUCAACAUGUCCGCCCUGAACCAAGUCGUCCUCACCGAUGCGGACCAACGUGUGGAAAAUAACCUGGACUGGAGUGACAUCGAGUGGCGGGAAACAGAGCUGCCCAACGCGGUUGUAGCCAACGCCCAGACGCAGACGGAGCAGCUGCUGACGUCGGAGGCGGAGGCCCAGACCAGCCACGCCGUCGUCAUGCACAUCGACCUUGAGCGGACCCCCUCCAGGCUGAGGCACGGGGCCGUGAUGGAGGCCGAGGGCCUCGGAGGGCCACUGUUGCAGUUCGACCGGCAGGCACUGGGUCGGAUCUCCACCUCCCCCACCCUGAGGAGGAUACGCAGCAGCCGGCGGUCCCAGCCUGGGGUCUGGAUGGAGAGCACGCAGGAGGAGCCCGGCGCGGCCCCGAGAGACCCCCAGCCCCCGGCCGGCCCCGUGUCUCCUGGCCCCAGACACAUGGUGUCCCCUCUGGCCCCCAGUCCCCUCUGUGACGGGGCCGUCCAGCUGGAGAACGGCGCUGGGUCCUCCACCUCUUCCUCCACCGGCAGACAGAGGACCCGCUCCCAGAGGUCCAAGACCUUUGAGGACAGGACCUCCUGCCCCAGGGAGGGGUCUCCAGGCGGGACCUCCUGCCCCAGGGAGGGGUCUCCAGGUGGGACCUGCUGGUCCAGAGAGGGGUCUCCAGGCCAACAUCCAACCGACUUUGAGUUCCCCUGUCAUAAAGGACAGGAGCAGGAGCCCGAUCGCACUAGGCUGCAGGAGCGGCGGCGGAGCUCGGUGGUGGUCAGCAUUCCCGGUCUGGACGUGUCCCCCGGCGACCUGUUCGUGUCUAACGGAUCCGCAGACAGGCUGAACGGUUCCGCCCUCUCUGACACGAAGAAGUCCAAAUGGCCGUUCGUACGGCGCAGCACGACCAAAGGGAAGAUCUCCAUCAGCACAGUGUCAACCAUCGAGAACCACCUGUCCUCAGCACACAUUCAAGACUGGAGGAACACAGAGUUUCAGAAAUAUAAGAGCUGGUGCCUCGCUGAAUUCCUGCAGGACCAGUCCCCCCAGCUGGAGCGUCCCCCAGCCCCCCAGGGCACCAGGCGACUGGAGGGCCUGUGGGAGCUCUUCACCAGCGAGGCCGUCUACUUCCUGGACCAGCUCAUGGUUCUAAAGGAGGUGUUCCUGGCCACGCUGGAGAACCUGCAGGCCAGACACUGUCUGGUUGACCUGGACCCCUGGAGGCUGUUUGCCAACAUCAACGAGCUAUGUCUGGUGAGCUUUGGCUUCCUCAAGAGUCUCCUGCGCGUCGUUAAGGACACCUGGGAGCUCCCUCCGGAGGGGGGCGGGGCCUGUCUGCCCGAGCUGCUGAGUCAGGCCUUCCAGGAGAGGGUGUGCCACUGCCUGCAGAAGUACUGCCUCAACUACUCAGCUGCGCUGCAGUACCUGGACUGCCUUAAGGCCAGGGAGGACUUUGGCUGUUAUCUGAAGUGGUGUGAGAGGAAGGAGCAGUGCCGCCGGCUGCAGCUGCGGGACCUGCUGGUGGCUCCCAUGCAGCGGCUGACCCGCUACCCCCUGCUGCUGCGCAACAUGGCCAAGAGGAGCGCCGGGGCGGAGGGCGCCGCCCUGCAGGCCGUGGCCGAGCAGGUGGACACCUCCAUAUGCAAUUUGGAGGGCGAGGUGAAGUGGUUGGACAACUACCAGCAGGUGAAGCAGUUGAGGGACGCUCUGGUGUGGCUGCCGGUGUGGGAGAGAGACAAGCGGGCGUUUGUACCCGAGAGUUUGAAACACCUGCUGAAGACUGUCACCUUGGAUAACCUUAUUAAUCACCGAAGCCUGUUGCAUGAUGGGAAACUCAUUGCCACAGAGAAUACCAAGAUGGUGGACGUUUAUCUGUUCCUGUUUGAUGAGUUCCUCUUGAUCACCAAGAUAAAGAGAAACAAAAAGCGGUCGGCCGCCCUUGAGCAGGCUCAGAGCCCGGACCUGGACCAGCUCCUGAAGGAGGGCUGUACCUUCACCGUGGUGGACCAGCCCGUCUCUCUGGACCGCCUGCACAUGAAGAACAUCGACCAGCUCAACGCUACAGCAUCAGGACUACCUCACUCCUUUAUCCUCAUGCAUCAGAGCCGCUACCAGCAGUGUAUGGGAGCGUUCAUCCUCCAAGCGCCCUGCGACGCCGUCAAGAAAGCGUGGAUGUCCAAGAUAGAGGGCGCUGUGACGGCACUGCUGAAACUGGACUCUCAGCAGCCGCGGGUCAAGAAUGCCUCCCGGUGGCUGGAGUCCUCCCAGAUAUGAGCCCUAGAAUCAGCCCCUGAAGACCUGUGUUAACAUGAGCCCCUUAAGACCUGUGUUAACAUGAGCCCCUGAAGACCUGUGUUAACAUGAGCCCCUGAAGACCUGUGUUAACAUGAGCCCCUUAAGACCUGUUAACAUGAGCCCCUGAAGACCUGUGUUAACAUGAGCCCCUGAAGACCUGU